AUGCGUUUGCCUUAUCGUAACAAAAAGACCACCCUUUGGGUUGUGUUUGCUGUUAUUGUUGUUACAAUGUUUCUAUUUAAAUUUACGGAAUUACGACCCAUAUGCUUCUUCAGAGACGAUACAGCAGCCUCGGUAAUGGUGAGAGGAGAUUCGAGAUAUUUAGACGGAGACAAUCAGAAAAAUUAUGCCUAUAAUCGAGAAAUGCCAUUGAUAUUUAUCGGCGGUGUACCCAGAUCGGGAACAACACUAAUGAGAGCAAUGUUAGAUGCCCAUCCGGACGUAAGAUGCGGACAAGAGACACGUGUUAUACCGCGAUUAUUGCAGCUGCGAGCGCAUUGGCUGAAAUCGGAAAAAGAGUCGUUGCGGUUAGAGGAGGCGGGUAUAACGAAAGAGGUCCUCAACAGUGCCAUAGCUCAAUUUUGUUUAGAAGUGAUUGCAAAACAUGGCGAUCCAGCUCCACGUUUAUGCAACAAAGAUCCUUUAACGCUCAAAAUGGGUUCCUAUAUGAUAGAACUAUUUCCUAAUGCGAAAUUUUUGUUUAUGGUACGUGACGGCCGUGCUACGGUACAUUCAAUAAUAUCGCGGAAGGUGACGAUAACAGGAUUCGAUUUAAGCAGCUAUCGUCAGUGUAUGCAAAAAUGGAAUCAUGCCAUUGAGGUUAUGCACAAUCAGUGCAAAGAUAUUGGCAAAGAGCGUUGCAUGAUGGUUUACUACGAGCAAUUGGUGUUACAUCCGGAGAAAUGGAUGAGGAAAAUUUUGAGUUUCGUUGAUGUACCGUGGGAUGAGGCAGUGCUGCAUCAUGAAGAAUUCAUCAAUAAACCGAAUGGAGUACCUUUGUCUAAAGUUGAACGGUCGUCGGAUCAGGUAAUUAAACCAGUUAAUCUUGAAGCUUUGUCCAAAUGGGUGGGACAUAUACCAAAGGAUGUGGCACGCGAUAUGGCACAUAUCGCGCCAAUGCUAUCCGUUUUGGGCUACGACCCGUUCGCCAAUCCACCGGAUUACGGUAAGCCAGAUGCCUGGGUGGAGGAUAACACUUCUAAGAAAUGAAAUAGUGAUACUUUUCAAUCUCUUACACGCACGCACGCACACAUACACACACACUAUACUAUGCAAUAGUGCUGAUGGGCGCGGGAAAGGAGCAGUGGCGUUACGCAUACAAAGGUAGCGUAUCAGUAAGGGUUUUUUUUUUUUUCAUAAAUAAUGGCUCUCGCCUACGUUCGCGAUAAUUAUCGUAUGUUUUAAAACGAAUUAUUUUCAUUAUAUCAGUAUGUGCGAUAUAUAUGAAUAAUCGCCUGGGCCCACCUUUCUUUAAAAGCUCACGAAUUAUUAAGAAUUAUUGUAGCAAAUAGGUUAAGUUGAUUUUGAUAAAAUGCGUUUACUCUCCUCAGAUAUCAUAUGACGCGUUCGCGUUCAAUAAACUCGUAGUAGUGUAAUAUUUACUUAAUAUAUUGUUAAAGAUUUUCGAAAACGAAAAGUGCGUUGCCCUAUCAUCAUUCGGUUGCUUUCGAUGAUUUCACAUAUUGAGAUUGAUGAACUACUUUUAGACAUGCUUGUCGCAGGUGUCCUCUUUGGAGAAAGACCUAGACCAAUAGUCGCUUCUUUUUCUUUUCUUUUUUCUUUUUUUUUUCUCAAUUUAAAAAGUGUGCAUAUGUUUUGCAAACAGCUUUAAAAUCGGAAGUAGAAGUUCGUGCCGGUCGGUCCGUUCUUGGGCUGAAAAAUGCUUUCUUGCAGAAUAAAAUGAAUUAAUAAGUAAUAACGAUAUAUCGGUUUCCAGCGAAGAAAAGGUUUAUGAAUGCGUCAUAAACUGGUUACGUUAUGAUAGAC